AUGAGUCUUGUUUCUAGUGACAAGAAAAAUCUCAAAAAGACAACAGAUGAUAGAAAGAAAAUUGGUCAAAAGGGGAAUAGAAUUUUUAGAUUACAUAAAGAUUACUUAGAAUUUGGUACUAUAGAAGUGGAACAUGCUAGGGAUACUUCAGAGUGCAAAUAG